GCUGGGUGAAAGCCGGGGUGUGACCUUAACGAGACAGUUGGCACGAGCUGGAGCCCGAUGUUUCACGUCGUUUUCAGCAAAUGGUUUCUAAGUGUAAAACAUUCACUAGUCGCCUAUUGGGCCGAGCUUGGAAGAUUCUGGAGUGGAACUGGCUGCAACUUAUUUUCCUCCGUCGCUACCAUGGGAACUCAACUUCUACCGCUGCUUCCAGCAAUCAACCAUCAUGGCGAGCUCGCAUGUUCUCGUCUUGAUCGACGGCCAUAGCCAUCCCUUCCUGAACAAGCAGCUGAAUUACGGCAAGAUGUCCGCAGCAACUCUCCUUCGUGAGGCCGUGGACGAGUUCUUGCCCACCGUCAGCCACGUUCCGAGCGAAUACCGACUUGUAGUCCGAAUCUACGCUGACCUAGCGUCUCUGAACUACGGCGCCGGAGCAAAUUCUCCUCCUACCGUAGAUGCUUCUAGUAGUAUCGCGUCACGCCCUCUCGCGUCCUUCGCGGCUGAGUUCUCGUGCCCUGAGCCCUUCUUCGACUUCACCGACGUGGGAAGCAGAGAGGCUGUGGAAUCCAAGAUCGAAGGGAUGUAUGCGGUAGCAGUUCAGGAUCCCGCCUGCAAGCAUAUCCUGCUUGGAGCAUGGGAAAAGCCGACAUAUAUCUCGAUGCUCCAGUUGCAUCGCGAGAACGCCGCGAAAGUGACGCUUAUUGAGACUAACAGGAUGGGUCCGGGCGUGAGCCUGCUGCUCUCAGAACGCCAUCUUCCAUACACGACUGCCACAUUUCCCAACGUUUUCCGCAGACCGUCCCAGAAGGACCGCGCUACAGCCCACCAUGCAGGUAUCGAGAGCGCUGAAGAAACCAUGAAAAUUAAGCAGGAGACUGGUUCGUUACGGCUGGAUAUUCGCUCCAUCUUCAGUGAGCUAUUCGCUACAACCACUGCACCUCAGCCGCUGCCCGCUGCCCGCCAGCCAACGCAAGUAGACAACCCACCUCGGUUUCGUCUCCCGCCCCAAGCCAAUCCGGGCUAUGUCCCUGUAAACAAGAAUGGCGAGCGGCUCGAUGUCUACAUGCGUCAACCCACGAAAGAACAAUUCGCCGCAUACCAAAGGCGUGUCGCACAAACUGGCAAGCCUUGCAACGAGUUCUACCUCCAUCCACCGUGCGAAAAUGAGAACUGUCCAUAUGAUCAUUCUCCUACAGAUGGCGAUAUACGCUAUGUGCAUAUAUGGAUCGUCAAGUCCACCCCGUGUACCGACGGAUCACGGUGCCGCCGCGCUAACUGUUCGUUCGGUCAUGUGUGUCAGAAGCAUGGAUGUAGGAAGAAUGUGGAUAAGGCAAGGGAGUGCAACAUGAAGGACUUCCAUGCUGUGGAUCCCGUGUAUGUGGAAUGGGUUCCAGAGGACGCGGGAUACGCGAUGAAGGCAUCCUGAGCUGGCCCCCAACUGGGGCUUUGGGACCUCCGCGCU